GGGCCUCAUAAGCCUCUCCCAGACUGUCACUAAUGUCAGGCCGAAUCUCCUGCAGGCUGAUGGUUUAGUCACCUAGAGCCACUCCUUAGUUCCGGUUACAGCUUUCUCAUCUUGUGGCUGCUCUCCACGCUCAGGUUCCGUGUCACCGAGAAGCACCGACGGGGACAGGGUUAACAACAAACUGAGCUGCAAGCCAUAUAUGGAGAAAUCUAGUUCGUGAGUUUCAUGACUCAACGUUCUGCUUCAGACUUCUCCAGCUGAGAGGUCAACUGUGCUUGGUGAGGCUGGUCACAAAGAAGCCGAGUGCUGAAGAUGUAGCUCGGGGGCGGAGCUCUUGCCCAACACAAUCGACCCUGGGUUCAACCUUCCAGCACAGAAAAAAAAAGGUCUGAAAACGGAGAAAACCAAGCUUUCUAUCAGAACCCAGGGGUUCUGGGUUCUAGGUCCAACCGCAGCCAGAGGCAGCAUGCAGGCCACUCUUGCUAUAAUGCUCUGCAUGGCUUCUUUCGUUUCUAGUUCUUCAUAUACCGCAAGUACUUUGCCAGAUAUAACCAAUGAGGAUUUCAUCCAACAAUGUGUUCAAAUCCACAACCAGCACCGGUCCAAAGUGAAUCCGACAGCCAGGAACAUGCUGUACAUGUCUUGGGACUCAGACCUAGCCCGCAUUGCAAAAUCGUGGGCUAAAGUUUGUCAGUUUGAACACAACCCACGGCUGAAAUCACGGCUGCACCCGAACUUCACCGCAGUGGGAGAAAAUAUCUGGACUGGGUCUUUAAGCCUCUUUUCAGUAUCUUCAGCCAUUUCAUCCUGGUACAAUGAAGUCAAGUACUACGACUUCAGGACUAGGAGAUGCACGGGUGUCUGUGGUCAUUACACUCAGGUUGUUUGGGCAGAUAGUUACAAGGUUGGCUGUGCAGUGCAAUUUUGCCCUAGAGUUGGUAACUUUGAAAAGCUUUCCAAUGGAGCACAUUUUAUAUGCAACUAUGGACCAGCAGGAAAUUACCCAACGUGGCCAUACAAGCAAGGAAGCACUUGCAGUGACUGCCCAAAAGAUGACAGGUGUCUCAACAAUCUCUGCAUUAACCCGCGAAGAGACGGUGUCUCACGUAAGUAUGCAAACUUUAAACUGUUUGACUGGGCACUGUGGACUGGGUCAGCACAUGAGAAACUAAAGCACAAUCAUUUGUUUCACAGGUUACUACUCUGGCGACUACCCAGGAAGGCCCAUAUAUCUACGGAACAGAUACACAUCUCUCUUCCUCAUUAUUAAGGCAGUCCUUCUCUUACUGUCUGUUAUAAUUACCAUUUUGGUAAAGCACAAAUAUCCCAAUUUAGUUCUUUUGGACUACUAAUGCCAUCGUUGGCAGGCGACUUAUAAGUGGCUAUUGUAAAACAUUUGAGAAAAAUGUUUCAAUAAAGCCAUAGAAGAACUGCUUAGUUUCCUAAAUGUACAAAGAGGUAAACUAGGUAAACUCUUAUGAAUAAGGACUGUCUAGGUUGCCACAGGUAGGCUUUCAGCAAGAAACAGAUUCCCUGGGGUUCAGAUUUGCAGAAUACAUCUUUGAUAACUCUAAGCCCAAUUGCCCUAUCAGCUCAGAGGUAAAAACACUUGCUGCUCUUGUGGAGCAGAUUAGACACCCAUAGACAUUCUGGUACUAUUUCCUCAGAGUUAAAAGUGAGAGAUUUGAUUUAGAGUCUUGGCUUUUCUGCUUGUGGGUUGUUUUAUCCUGGAAUAAAAUUACAGAAGCCAAAAUAGUUGCCAGUAGCAGUGAAAAUCUUGCAUUUAUUUUCCUCAAAACCAAACGAUUUGGGUGUUUAUAAAGACUAACCAAUGGCAAAAGACAUUGGAUUUGAUCAAUAAUCUUGUUCCAAAAUCUAUAUAAAAGAGGUAUUCCUAAAA